GGAAAUCCUGUUGAUUUCAUGUUAGACACGGGGGCUGAAGUAUCCAUUGUAACGACACCCAUUGCUCUGCCCACUAAAGAUAGCCUAACAGUUGUAGGCAUGGCAGGGAAGAAACUUGCUCUCCCAUACCUCCAAUCAAGAACCUGUUCUCUAGGAGGUCACCGGGUCACCCACCGUUUUCUCUUAAAUCCCAGCUGUCCGAUUAAUUUGCUUGGGAGAGAUCUUUUAUCUAAAAUGCGUGCCUCCAUAACCUUUGAUACUCCGGAUGGCUCAGCACUUCUGUCCUUACCUCCAGAGACUCAAACUUCACUAGUGUGUUGUAAUUUAGAGGUUGAUGCUACAGAAGAGUGGCGACUUCCUGAGGUCCUAAUGGGAUGUGGAUUUAGAAGACACCCUGAUGGUGACCCUGAAGAAGUCCAGUAUCAGACUGAUAAAGAUGCUUUUUAUGACAAGGAAAAGGUGCAGGAUAAAUUGUACUACCGAAAUGAAGUGCCAACUGUAUGGGCAGAAGAUAAUCCCCCAGGCUUUGCUAAACACCAACCUCCUGUAGUUGUGGUCCUUAAACCUACUGCCAAUCCAGUGAGAGAGCGUCAAUACCCUAUUCGUGAAGAUGCCCGAAGAGUGUUAACCAAACACUUUCAGAGACUCCUGAAAGAUGGCAUCCUGAUCCCCUGUGAAUCUGCCUGGAAUACUCCGAUCCUUCCAGUACCUAAGCCUUCUCCAGACCCCAAGAAUCCUGAUUACCGCCCAGUCCAAGACCUGAGGGCAGUGAAUACUCAAGUAGAAGCUAUCCACCCUGUAGUGCCAAAUCCCUAUACAAUCCUGACUCUGAUUCCAUCCACGGCUGCAUGGUUUACUGUCUUGGAUUUGAAAGAUGCGUUCUUCAGUAUUGGACUUCACCACCAGUCCAGAGACAUCUUUGCCUUCGAAUGGAGAGCCCCUGGAGCCUCCAGCCCAUGUCAGUACACUUGGACUCGUUUGCCCCAAGGCUACAAAAAUUCUCCUUCAUUGUUUGGACAGGCCCUCGGUAAAGACUUAGAGAACUUUGACACCCAAGAAGGGGUCCUUACCUUAAUCCAAUAUGUGGAUGACUUGUUACUUUGUGCCCCUGACCCUCAUCGAUGUUCCCAGGGCACCCUUAACCUUCUCCGUCUCCUUGAUGCCUGUGGCUAUAAAGUCUCAUUCAAGAAGGCCCAGAUCUGCUUAACUCGAGUCCAGUUCCUAGGAUUUGAAAUCUCUAAGAAUCAACGGUCUCUCAGUAAUGCAAGGAAAGAAACUGUGUGCCAGAUACCUCUACCCCAGAGUCGCAAAGAGCUACGAGGCUUCUUAGGUGCAGCUAGCUACUGUCGGUUAUGGAUUCCCUCCUUUGCUCUUUUGGCCAAACCCUUAUAUGAAGCUACCAAAGGGGGGACACAGGAACCUUUUGUCUGGGGCCCAGAUCAAGAUGUUGCCUUUAGGACCCUGAAACAACGGCUCAUUGAGGCUCCUGCCUUAGGACUGCCAGAUCCAGAAAAACCUUUUUCCCUUUGCGUAGAUGAGAAGCAAAGUGUUGCUUUAGGUGUCCUUCUCCAGAAACUUGGGACUCACAAUCGGCCUGUGGCCUACCUUAGCCAAAACCUGGAUGCUGUAGAAGCCGGUCUGCCCCCUUGCUUACGUGCUGUUGCUGCCUGCUGUAGACUUAUUGAAGCAGCAAACAAAUUCACCUGGGGAGCCCCACUCACAGUGUUUGUAUCACACGGAGUUAAGACCAUUUUAGAAGCUCGUGGUCACAAAUAUCUGACAGUUUCACGUAUGGCCAGGUACCAAGCAGUUCUCCUCGAGAACCCAGGUGUAUCUCUAGCUCCUGUCAUCAACAUAAAUCCAGCCACCUUGUUGCCAGUACCAUGUGAAGAUGUUGAGCAUGAUUGCCUAGUAACCACUGACCAGCUGUUUGCAUCUCGUCUUGACCUUCGUGACCAACCCCUUCAGCAGCCAGACUUAAUAUUGUACUGUGAUGGUAGCAGUUUCAUCAACCCUCAAGGACGUCGCAAAGCAGGCUAUGCUGUUGUAGAUGACCAUCAGGUGAUACAAGCAGAAUCUCUACCCGUUGGAACAUCUGCUCAACUAGCAGAAAUAAUAGCCCUGACAGUUGCCCUACAUCUAAGCAAGAAUGCAGCUGCAAAUAUAUUCACCGAUUCAAUGUUUGCUUUCAAGGCAGCCCAUGCACAUGGAAUGCUGUGGCAACACCGAGGAUUUAUUACAGCCGCUGGAAAGGAUAUCAAAUAUGGGCCAAAUCUUCGUCUUCUGCUAGAAGCCAUCAAUCUGCCAACUAAGAUUGCAAUAAUCCACUGUCGAGGACAUCAACGGAAGUCUGACCCAAUUGCAGAAGGAAAUGGUCGUGCUGAUAAAGCAGCUAAGGAAGCAGCAGAAGGAAAACUUUGUCUCCGCACUCUAGUUCCUAGUCCGUCAGUCUUAGCCUGUCCUGUCUUCCCCACUCCAGUCUCAGCUUGGACGCCUCGUUACACCAAACAUGAAGACUACCUCUGUGACCAGCAAUCAGCAAAAAAGAAUGAGGAAGGUUGGUGGAUCUUGCCAACAGGAAAAAUUUGGAUUCCAGCCUCCUUAGGCUAUGAAAUAAUGAAAGCCCUUCAUGCUAAUACCCAUUAUGGAUCUUCCAGUCUUGUUAAAGCCUUAGACCGCUGGGCUCAUCUGGAACGGAAGACAGCAUUAGCAGACCUCGUGUGCCGUCAGUGUGUUACCUGUGCCCGAAACAAUCCUAGAGAAGGUCCCCGACGACCUCCAGGAAUCAAUACCCCAGGACCAGCCCCAAUGACUUCGCUUGUUGUUGAUUUCACCGAGAUGCCAAAAGUUGGUCGUCAUCACUACCUGUUGGUGUUUGUCUGUACGCAUACUGGAUGGAUAGAAGCGUUUCCAACUGCCACUGAAAAGGCCUCAGAAGUUGCCCGAGCCAUGUUAAGGGAUCUAAUUCCAAGAUUCGGAUUACCUACCUGGGUUUCCUCUGAUAAUGGACCAGCCUUCAUCUCUGAAUUAACUCAGCAAGUUGCCAAAGCCUUAGGAAUCAUCUGGAAAUUACACUGUGCCUAUCGUCCCCAGAGUUCAGGAGCAGUAGAACGAGCUAAUAGAACUCUUAAAGCCUCCUUGCGGAAGUUCACCCAAGAGACUGAACAGCCAUGGCCUAAGAUUCUACCUCUAGUGUUAUUCCGACUGCACUGCCUCCCUUCCAAACGAACUUCAGUUUCUCCUUAUGAGGCAAUGUUUGGCCGUCCUCCCCCACUGACCAUGGGAGUUCAUACCGAUGCUUAUGGGUUUCAUCAGUUAAUCACCUCAGCAGAAUUACAAGCCCUUGGACGACAAGUUGAGAAACUCCAAAGACAUUACUCUGCCUGUCUCCCAGUUCCCUUGUUUGAUUCUGUGUGUCAUGUCAGUCCUGGAGAUUCAGUAUGGGUUAAAAAUUGGAGACCAGAGCCCUUAGGGCCAAGGUGGGAGGGACCUUUCACUGUUUUACUCAGU